AGUUUUUAUUUUAUUAAAUAGUUAUUUGUUAAUAAACUCAUAAAAAUAUGAGUAUAAUUUAGAAUAAAAAUCAUAAUAUAAGAAAAGUAUACGAGAUUGUUAGAAUUUUGAGAAGUUGGUUUUAAUUAUUAAUUAAAAUCUUGCAAAUAUUCAAAAAAUAAUUUAAUUUUUCUAAUGUCAACACCAUUCUAUACUGUGAAAGUAAAAUUCAUGAAAUUAAUUAAAGGAUGUACCAGCUUAAGAUUUCAUUCGUGCUUAUGCAGAAUACUUGAAAAAAAAUAACAAGAUAAAGAUUCCUGAUUGGGCUUCAAUUGUAAAGACAGGACUUGGAAAAGAAAUCUCACCAAUUGACUAAGAUUGGAUGUAUGUUAGAGCUGCAGCACUUGCUCGUAAAAUUUAUGUUAGAGGUCAUUGGGUAAUAAAUAAUUAUUAAAUUAACUUCAGGGUGUUGGAAAUUUGACUCAUAUGUUUGGUUCAAUGAAUGAUAAUGGAAAGCAUGAAUCUGGAUCAGGAAAAGUGAUUAGAUAUUUACUUUAAUAAUUAGAAACUAUUAAGGUUUUAAAGAAAGAUAAUAAAUCUCUCUUAAAGAAGGGUUCAAGAAUUGUUACCAAAGAAGGAUAAUAAGAUUUAAAUAGAAUUGCAACUCAAGUUGCUUUAGCUGCCAGAAAAUGAUUUAUAAUAUAUCACAGAAGUACAUUAUCCAACAUACAGAU